AUGUUGCCAUCAGCUCCACCACUACCCGAUUGUCUAUUGAAAUCAUCAUAUUCUACAAAUUAUCAAACAAUGUCUCGUCCAAUUUAUAAAAAAGAUGAUCCAGAAUAUGGUCGACCACCGAAAGGUAGUCGAACAGAACAACGAGGUCUUGCUGCUCAAGCUCAUAUUCAACAAGAAGUUAAAUAUUUAUGUGAAAUUAUCAAAAAUAUGGGAGAAAAAGACAAUAAUUCAUCAACAUAUACAAUAACAUUUAAACAAUUAUUUGAUUUUUAUACAAAUAUUUCAAAUAAACUCGUUGGUAUUCUACUUCGAGCACGAAAACAUGGUUAUAUUCAUUUUUCAGAAGAAUAUGAAGUUUUAUUUCAAGGCAAACAUGAUAAUGUAAAAAUUACUCUUGUUCAUAUGCCAUCAAAUUAA